GUCUUCACAGAAUCAUUGCCGAAUGCAGAAAGGAAGGAAGAGCACCAGAAAGUGGAAUGGAAACUCUCCUCAUCUCCUGUCGGUCUUCACGCUGGUGUUAAUGCUGUCACUCAGCACCUGGAUCUACUGGGCCAUAGGAUGGGAAAUGUCUCAGAGUCUCUAUCCCUCCCCCUCUCCCCUUUCUCUAGGUGCUUUUGUCUUUCUCCCUCUUUUUUUCUCUCUCAUUUUUAAUCUCUCGUUCUACGUGGGGUUGGCUCCUUUUCUCUCCCCCAAGUGGAGAUUUUGUAUUUCUCUCCACAUUCGUAAACAAAACAAAACUAUGCAAAUGUCUGUCUUUAUUGGCCAAACCAGCAACUUCAGUGCCUUUGGAAAUUAUUCAGACCCCUUGACCUUUUCCACAUUUUGUUACGUUACAGCCUUAACCUAAAAACCUUUUUUUUUUUUUUAAUUCCUCAGCAAUCUACACACAAUACCCCACAAUGACAAAGUGAAAAAAGCUUUUAGAAAAUGUAGCAAAUGUAAUAAAAAUUAAAAACAGAAAUAGAUUAUUUACAUAAGUAUUCAGGCCCUUUGCUAACAGACUCAAAAUUCAGCUCAGGUGCAUCCUGUUUCCACUGAUCAUCCUAGAGAUGUUUCUACAACAUUUUCCACCUGUGGUAAAUUUAAUUGAUUGGACAUGAUUUAGAAAGGCACACACCUGUCUAUAUAAAGGUCCUACAGUUGACAGUGCAUGUCAGAGCAAAAACUAAGCCAUGAGGUGGAAGGAAUUGUCCGUAGAGCUCCGAGACAGGAUUGUGUCGAGGCACAGAUCUGGGGAAGGGCACCAAAACAUUUCUGCAGCAUUGAACACAGGUGCCUCUACUAUUCUUAAAUGGAAGAUGUUUGGAACCACCAAGACUCUUCCUAGAGCUGGCCGCCCAGCCAAACCGAAUAAUCGGGGGAAAAGGGCCUUUGUCAGGGAGGUGACCAAGAACCUGAUGGUCACCCUGACAGCGCUCUAGAGUUCCUCUGUGGAGAUGGGAGAACCUUCCAGAAAGACAACCAUCUCUGCAGCACUCCACCAAUCAGGCCUUUAUGGUAGAGUUGCCAGACAGAAACCACUCCUCAGUAAAAGGCAUGUGAUAGGCGUCGGGAACAAGUCUCUGAAUGUCCUUGAGUGGCCCAGCCAGAGCCCGGACUUGAACCUGAUUAAACAUCUCUGGAGAGAUCUGAACAUAGCUGUGUGGCAACGCUUCCCAUCCAACCUGACAGAGCUAUAGAGGAUCUGCAGGGAAGAAUGGUAUGGGCCACUCGUCAGGGGUAGUGUGUAAAUUAGCAAAAAUGUCUAUAAACUUGUUUUUGCUUUGUCAUUAUGGGGUAUUAUGUGUGGGGGUGACAUGUUUUCUCUCUCUGUAUGUCUAAUUCAAGAGGCUUUAUUGGCAUUGGAAACAUAUGUUUAUAUUGCUAAAGCAAGGGAAAUGGAUAAACAAAAGUGAAAUAAACAAUGAAAAGUGAACAGUAAAUAUUACUAACAAGUUCCAAAAUAAGAGACAUUUCAAAUGUCAUAUUAUUGCUCUCUCUCAAUUAAAAUCUGCUUAUCUGAGAGUCAGGAAGGGUGAGAGUAGGGUGAGAAACGGGUGAGGCUGAGAAAGCAGCAGCAGCAUACCAUGACACCCCAAACCUGGGUGAUAACAUGGGUCUGUCGGUGUGUGUGUGUGUGUGUGUGUGUGUGUGUGUGUGUGUGUGUGUGUGUGUGUUUGUGUGGAAAAUACCUCUCCACACACUGACUCAAACCCACAGAGGGGAGGAUAUGGUUGAGCAGAAUCACAGAGAACAUAUCAUAAAUCAUCAAGCCAUGAAAUACUUUGUGUGGGCAAACUUACAAGAACUAUUUAAUCAGAUGGAAUAGGACAUUAUUGGAGCUGGAGUUGCUAUUCUAUUAAAAAAUGUAAGUUAUUUUGCUCACGCAAACGGUUUCUUAGUGUGCGGAUCAAGUCUGCCAACAUGUUGUACACUUCAUAGAGGUUUAAUGGAGGUUUCAUUUCAUCAUGUUUCAUUGACAGUGAUUCAGGGCAAAUAAAACAAAACUUCCUCUAAACACCCAUGCAGGCCAGAGUGUUAAAUCAUCCAGUAGGUCAGUUAUUCACUAUAUUCAGACCCAUGCAGGCCAGAGUGUUAAAUCAUCCAGUAGGUCAGUUAUUCACUAUAUUCAGACCCAUGCAGGCCAGAGUGUUAUAUCAUCCAGUAGGUCAGUUAUUCACUAUAUACAGACCCAUGCAGGCCAGAGUGUUAAAUCAUCCAGUAUGUCAGUUAUUCACUAUAUUCAGACCCAUGCAGGCCAGAGUGUUAAAUCAUCCAGUAGGUCAGUUAUUCACUAUAUUCAGACCCAUGCAGGCCAGAGUGUUAAAUCAUCCAGUAGGUCAGUUAUUCACUAUAUUCAGACCCAUGCAGGCCAGAGUGUUAAAUCAUCCAGUAGGUCAGUUAUUCACUAUAUUCAGACCCAUGCAGGCCAGAGUGUUAAAUCAUCCAGUAGGUCAGUUAUUCACUAUAUUCAGACCCAUGCAGGCCAGAGUGUUAAAUCAUCCAGUAGGUCAGUUAUUCACUAUAUUCAGACCCAUGCAGGCCAGAGUGUUAAAUCAUCCAGUAGGUCAGUUAUUCACUAUAUUCAGACCCAUGCAGGCCAGAGUGUUAAAUCAUCCAGUAGGUCAGUUAUUCACUAUAUACAGACCCAUGCAGGCCAGAGUGUUAAAUCAUCCAGUAUGUCAGUUAUUCACUAUAUACAGACCCAUGCAGGCCAGAGUGUUAAAUCAUCCAGUAGGUCAGUUAUUCACUAUAUUCAGACCCAUGCAGGCCAGAGUGUUAAAUCAUCCAGUAGGUCAGUUAUUCACUAUAUUCAGACCCAUGCAGGCCAGAGUGUUAAAUCAUCCAGUAGGUCAGUUAUUCACUAUAUUCAGACCCAUGCAGGCCAGAGUGUUAAAUCAUCCAGUAUGUCAGUUAUUCACUAUAUUCAGACCCAUGCAGGCCAGAGUGUUAAAUCAUCCAGUAUGUCAGUUAUUCACUAUAUUCAGACCCAUGCAGGCCAGAGUGUUAAAUCAUCCAGUAUGUCAGUUAUUCACUAUAUUCAGACCCAUGCAGGCCAGAGUGUUAAAUCAUCCAGUAGGUCAGUUAUUCACUAUAUUCAGACCCAUGCAGGCCAGAGUGUUAAAUCAUCCAGUAGGUCAGUUAUUCACUAUAUUCAGACCCAUGCAGGCCAGAGUGUGCAGGCCAGAGUGUUAAAUCAUCCAAGUCAACAGCAGUCAGUGGUUCAGAGCAAGACAGGAGGGAAGGGAACAGCUGUGGGGUGUGACAGUGUGUAUUGA